UUGAUCAAUUGCUUUGCUUUUGCCUCACUUCUUUCCAUUCUCUCUCUCUCUCUCUCUCUCUCUCUCUUCACUGGGAAAUUAGUUGGUCCCCUAGAAUAUCGAUCUGGUUCCACCUUCAGAUCUCGCGUAAUUCACCUUCUGCACCCUCACAAUCCUCCUCUCCUUCGUUUCUUUUAGCCAACGCAUGUGCACGGAACUUCCUACACUCUCGCAAAACCCUUCUGGAUCCCAUCAAAGUCCGAGCAGAAAAAAAAGAGAGCACUGCUUCAAGGGAAAAACCCUAACGAUCCUGUCUCGGCGUCGCAGAUAAAAUGGCGGCAAUCGCAGUUCAUCAGUUCGCUCAGUCCAUUACUUGCCACGCUUGGAGUCCAGAUCAUUCCAUGAUUGCAUUUUGUCCAAACAAUAAUGAAGUUCACAUUCAUAGAUUAGUAGAAGAGAAGUGGGAGAGGAUACAUAUUCUUCAAAAGCAUGACCAAAUUAUUUCUGGGAUUGAUUGGAGCAUAAGGUCCAACAGAAUAGUCACGGUAUCUCAUGACCGGAAUUCCUAUGUUUGGAACCAGGAAGGAGUAGACUGGGUGCCAACCCUAGUUAUUCUUAGGCUCAACCGGGCAGCACUUUGUGUCCAGUGGAGUCCAAGAGAGAAUAAGUUUGCUGUUGGAAGUGGUGCUAAAACUGUUUGCAUUUGCUACUAUGAACAAGAGAAUAAUUGGUGGGUCAGUAAACUUAUUCGGAAAAGACACGAUUCAUCUGUCACAAGUGUUGCUUGGCAUCCUAAUAAUAUUCUCCUUGCUACAACAUCUACUGAUGGAAAAUGUCGAGUAUUCUCCACUUUCAUAAAAGGUGUGGAUAUGAGGGAUUCAGGAACAGGCUCUGCAGGUGAUUCAAAAUUUGGGGAGCAAAUUAUUCAGCUUGAUCUCUCAUUUUGCUGGUCAUUUGGUGUCAAAUGGUCCCCAAGCGGCAAUACACUGGCCUAUGUAGGUCAUAACUCGAUGAUCUACUUUGUUGAUGAAGUUGGUCCUGCUCCUUCUGCUCAAACUGUUGCAUUCCGUGACUUGCCUCUCCGUGAUGUCUUAUUUGUUUCUGAGAGAAUGGUUAUCGGUGUGGGUUUUGACUGCAACCCUAUGGUUUUUGCAGCCGAGGAAAGGGGCUUGUGGACCUUUCUUAGGUUCCUUGGUGAAAGAAAAGCAUCAUCUUCAAGUGCAAAAUAUGGUUCACAGUUUUCUGAAGCAUUUGGUAAACUGUAUGGCCAAUCAAAACAAGGAAUCAACAAUGAUAGAGGCGAAACUUCAAUACCUCGGGGAGCCAUUCAUGAGAACUGUAUCAACUCUAUUGUACCGCUUAAGAGAGAAGGGGAAUCUACAAAUACUCGCUUCAGUACUUCUGGUCUAGAUGGAAAAGUCGUUAUUUGGGAUUUGGAGAACCAAGAAGAUUUGUCAGAAUAUUUGUAAAAUCUUGACAUUUAUCAUCCUCAUCCGUGUAGAAGGUCUUUUCCAAGCUCGAGCUCAUCUAGACCUUUUAGUCUUCUAGUGCACUGUAUUCAGCUGUGAGCAGUUGAUGAUUUUACUGGUUUUACCUACAAAAGAGAACCGAGCUCUAGGAGAUCUCAUGAAGCUCUAGGAGAUCUCAUGUACUUUCAUGGAAGCGCUUUUGCCUAUCUGUUUAUUGCUGUACUGGUUGAAAAGGAAAGGAUAUUUUGUAGAUGUUAGAGAUCAUGGAUGAUACACUUUAUAGAUGGCAAUGUGAUUGCUACCUAGUACCUGCCAUUUCAA